AUGGAGAGCAGAACUGCCAAGGAACAGGACAACGACAGCGGCAGGAUCACCAGUCAGAUGCUGAAACUGAGGACUGGAGAGUUUGACCUGGAGUCCAUUCUAUUCCUAAAGCUGAGGGGCCUGGGGCUUUCUGAGCUGGGGUGCAUAGGAGACUGCUCCAACCUUGAACGUUUGGAUCUGUCCAACAAUUACAUUGUCCACUUGGGACCUUUGUCCUCUCUGAAGAUGCUGGUGGCUUUAAACUUGUCCUGCAACCGGAUCUCUAGUCUAGAACCUUUGGCCUCAUGUGAGAACCUACAGACCCUCAAUGUCGCUGGGAACCUCCUGUGCAGUAUUGAUGAGCUGCAGUGCUUGAAGGGGCUACGCCGGCUGGAAAGCAUUUGGCUACGGGACCCAGUCUACAACCUGAGCAACCCUCUGUGCAACACUGGCUCCUACAGACAUGCCGUGUUGGACGCCAUCCCUAGUGUGCGGGUCAUCGAUGGUGAGAGGGUCUCGGGCUGUGGGAGCGAUCUUUACCACCUGUGUAAGGACAUUGAUAAUUCCUUGAAGAGGUUUAUGGGGGCUGGGCUGGUGGAUAUGCCAGGAUCUGUCAGACCUUGGGUAGAGGAGGGGUACUGGGAUGUGACCCCCGCCCAGAGCGGCCUCAUUGAGGAGACCUACAAACAGUUCAAUGAGGUUCUGCAGGAGUGCAAAGAACUGAGCAAGAGGGCGGAUGAUACCAUUGCACAAGCGGAGAGGGCACUCAACAUUAGGAGUGAGCCCAGCUCCUUUGUGUUCUGAGCAGCCACCAAUCACAAAGCAGUCGAUGUGCCAAAUGGGUCACUGUAAUGGGCAGAAUCUCUUGUAGGCACGCUCACUAUGGGUCCUAAGCUAAAAUUCCCAGCAAGCCUUACCUUUGACUAUCUAGUACUAUGGCUUUAAUAUACAGGUAUGUCUUUAUUGGUGGAAGGGUCCCAGGCGAAACGGACUGUGUGGGGCCUAUUAAUUAUUUAGCCUUUGAAGUGGCAUAGAUUGUAGAAUCUACAUCUCUGAUACCUAAGUACCAGUAUGGCAACACCAUCAAUUUUAUAUUUCAUUGGUUAAAGUAGGGCUAUCCACUUUAGCUGCCCCCUCCAUUAAAGACAGCUCUGUUUAUAUAUAAUGUCUAUUUUGUUGGAUAGCCAACCAGUGAACUACAUCUCCCAGCAUCCUUAGCCAGCUACUUCAAUAAGAUGCAUGCUUAUUUUUACUGUUUGCUGCCUCUCUGUCAUGCACUGUGUUACUAUGCUGUGGUUUUUCUGUGGGGUUUGGGGCCUCGUUUCAUGUCUAUGCCCUGUAUGUACAAUAAAAACGAAAGAAAUUGC